CUUUUUUCCUUUGAACUAAGUUGAUGUUUCUGAGGCCACUGACAGUUAUUUGUUUUUGGUUUAUGAAAAUGCAUACAAAAUCUAUUGGAAGUUGUAUCAAAUUAGAAGUGUUGCUAAUACAAGGCAUAUACAUGUUGACUCCAUAUUGUCAUUGUGUUCCAUUCAAUUUAUUGCUCUUAACUUUAUAAAACCUGUAAAAACUGACAACUUGUCAUUAAGACUUUCAGACUGUCUUGGGGCUUGUUUUGGCUGGAAUGUUUAACAGUGUAUGCAGUGUUUAACUUUAUGCAUAACAGAAGUUUUUAACAGGCACAACAAAUAUGCUAAUGAGUUGUUAAAGGGUUAAAUAUGUUAUAUCUUUUUUUAUCAGGCAUAAUCUGUUUUAGAUAAAUUACCUAUAGGAAACAUUUUGACCAUCAACACUGUCUGAAAGUUAAACGCCACUUAAAAAAAAAAAAAAAAAAUCUCAGGCCAUACAAAAUAAUAGUAUAAAACAGAACAGUAACAACACCAUAAAAGUCUCUUGAGAGUCUGAAGCAGCAUAUGAUUUGUGGUUAAACCAACAAAGUAAUAUGCUUAAAAUGGUUUAAAUUUUUAAAUUUACGAUUUUUAUUAUUUUUAACUUAUAAUUUCCCACUCCAUUUUUAAAUGGUUUUCAGUUCCUGUGUGUGUGGUUGUCAUGUGUCUCUGCCUGCAGCAGUUCAGAGAGGAAGAGCGGAACCCGCUCCCUAAUUCAGCCUACGUGUAGGCUAGAGGAUUUUGUAAUAAUCGACGUAUCUCGUUCAUUUAAAGGGCAUGUUUACAGCAACCUCAACAUUUCGCAUUUUUAACACGAAAAAAAAGAUGCUGAAGCUGGACUGAUCCGCUGUCUCGGUCGAAGGAGCUGUCCACCAUGAGGUGCUGAUCGGCGGCCUGGCAGAACGAUGGCGACGGGGAAGUGGCUUCUGUACACGGGUCUCUGUCUGUCUCUCGUCGCCUUGUGUUUCCUGACAGUCGCGAUCUCAUCGGAUCAUUGGUACGAAACGGACGCGAGAAGAUACAAGGAGCGUUGCCGAACUUUUUCGAACCGCAGGAGCGAUCCAGGUUUCAUUUACAUCCCCAACCACAGCCUUCCACUGCGAGCCAGCCGAGCGAGUCUGGACCGAUGGGAAGAUCGACUGCUGCAGCAUAGAAACCGGCGUCAGCUGUUCGCGAUGAGCGCGGCGGAUGAGUGCAGCAGACGCUACAAUUCAACCAACAUGGGGCUGUGGAGCAAAUGCUACAGGGUGGGAUUUGACUCAGACAUCGAAGAGCUCAUACGAAAAGGAACUAUCGAGCGUUGCUCCUUUAUAAAGUACUAUUACUCCUCCCCUGCAGUGACGCGAAAGGAUCUUUCCUACAAUAUCACCAAGACUAUCCAGCAAGAUGAUUGGCAUGCCCUGCAUUUGCGUCGGAUGACGGCUGGCUUCAUGGGCAUGGCUCUAUCCAUCAUUCUGUUUGGCUGGACCAUUGGCAUUUUGGGCUGUUGCUGGGAGCAAGGCCUCAUGCAUUACGUCGCCGGUCUACUCUUCCUUAUGGGAGCUACCUUCUGCAUCAUCUCUCUUUGCACCUGUGUGGCCGGCAUCAACUUCGAACUGUCUCGCUACCCACGUUAUCUCUUCAGCCUUCCGGAUGACAUAAGCCAUGGUUACGGCUGGUCCAUGUUCACUGCCUGGGGAGGACUAGGACUGACCCUCAUAGCUGGGUUCUUCUGCACCCUGGCACCAUCAAUUCAGCCUCCCCCACCAUCCCGUACCUCCUGUCCUAAGCCUCGCAUGGAGAAUGGAACGGUGUGCUAAAGAUUAAAUGACUCUUUGAACAUUGACAUAAACAAACCUGUUCAUAGACUUCGUCGUGGGUAAUAAAAACACAGAGGCUGUUGAAAGACAUUUUGUGCUGGAAGGUUGCGAGCCAUGGCUCUCAAUUGAUGUGCAAAAAGAAGAAUCUUAUAAAAGCACAUUUGUACAGUUGUACAAAUGCUUUCAUCCCAACAUGAGUUCAGCAUGUCCUUGGUGGUUGUCUUUGUGUUCAGUAGACCGUGUUUGACUUUCAAGAUGAAUUAACUGUUUCAAAGACCUUUCCGAUGUAUAAGUACCAUGAAUUUCAUUAUGUGCUGUAGUUGUUUUCAACGUCAAUAAUUUCUUCAUUGGACAAUAAAAUGCCUCAUGUCAAAAAA